AUGCUAGAAACUAAUGAACAAACCAGUCAUACUAACUCUUCUAUUGCUAGACAAAGUAGAAGACUUAGAAUGAAGGAGAAGAGAGAUGCACAAUGCACUGAAUCAGAUCAUUCUCAAAACUUGGUAGAUAAAACUGAUGUAAGUGAUGCAAGGAAGAAAAGAAGGCUGAUAUUGCAAAAUAAGAAAUCAUCAUGUGGUCAUCCCAGCAGUGCCCCAUCCCCAAGUACAGUCUCCCCAGUUUCUAUUCCAAAUGUACAAGAUAGAGCUCAUUCAAUUGAUGCUCGCAAGAAAAGAAGGCUUAUAUUGGAAAAUAGGAAGUUUUCUAUCAUAGAACCUGAAACACAAUAUUCCCAAGUGCCACUGUCUAACUCCGAGGAUGAUUGCAGCUCAUCCAAUACUUCAGACUCUGAGGAUGAUAUGGAACAAGCACCCUUAGCAGAUUCAAACUUACAAGGGGAUCAAAUAUGGGAAUGUACAUAUUGUCAUGCACACAUGUGGCUUCAAGAACGUGCCAGUAAAACCAAAAAGGGACAUGUUCCAACAUUCCAUCGUUGUUGUCGCGGUGGUAAAAUUGUUGUACCUUUACUUGAAGAGCCACCGCCACUGUUGAGACAUCUGGUGUUUAAUAAAACAUCUACCGAGAGCAAAAAUUAUCGAAAUAAUAUUAGAACAUACAACUCAAUGUUUUCGUUUACUUCUCCUGGAAUGAAAUUUGACACCACAUAUUCAAAGAAAGGAGGACCACCAACUUUGAGACUGCACGGUCAAACCUGUCAUCGAAUAGGUACUCUACUACCAAAAACUGGAGACCGUCCGCAAUAUGCUCAGCUAUAUAUUUCUGACAUAGAUAAUGAAGUUACUAAUAGAAUGAAGUGUUUCAGAGACAAUACUGAAAUUGACAAGAACACUGUUCAUAAUUUGAAGAUCAUGUUAGAUGAGUUCAAUAUUCAUGCUAAAGUUUUUAGAAUGGCGAGGGAUGUCCUGGACGAUAAUGCAUUCUUAGACUUAAACCUGAGGGUUAUAUGUGAUAGACCUGAGGAUGGACGCGUGUAUAACAGACCAACGGUUUCAGAAGUUGCUGCACUAAUUGUGGGAGACAUUGAUUCUGCUUGUAAUAGGGACAUUAUUAUUCAAGCACGCAACGGUGGUUUGCAACGUAUUGAUGAGUUUCAUCCAGCAUAUUUGGCAUAUCAAUACCCUCUCAUAUUUGUGUAUGGUGGAGAUGGUUAUAUGAAAAAUAUAUUGCAUAGAUAUCGCCACGAAACUGAGGUUACCCGACAAAAUCGUCAGAGCAUCAAGGACUGGCUUUCAUACAGGUUACAAAACCGUAGCGAGGAGGCAAAAACUUUGCUACACUCACGCCGUCUGUUUCAACAGUUCUUGGUCGAUGGUUAUUGUACGAUGGAAUCUGAAAGGCUGAACUGGUUGCGAAAUAAUCAAUCAAAAUUAAGAGUGGGAAAAUAUAACAGGUUGACAGAUGAAUGCAAUAACGAUGAUGGCAGACAACAACAAAAACGGGGAAAGCGAGUUGUCUUGCCGUCAUCUUUUGUUGGGGGAAAAAGAUGUAUGGAUCAACUGUAUUUUGACGGAAUGGCAAUUUCAAGUAGAUUGGGUUUUCCAGACCUAUUCAUUACAUUUACUUGGAAUCCAACAUGGCCCGAAAUUAUCCGUGCCUUGUCCGAAACUGGGUUACAACCGCACGAUCGACCAGAUAUUAUUACUAAAGUCUUCAAAAUCAAGUUUGACGAACUCAUUGCAUAUAUAACAAAAAAGCGUGUUCUAGGGAAAGUUUUGGCAUUUAUGUACACUAUUGAAUUUCAUAAGAGGGGAUUGCCACACGUAUAUAUUUUGAUUUUCUUACAUUCUCAGAGCAAAUACCCCACACCAUCGGACAUUGACAACAUCAUCUGUGCUGAAAUACCAGACCCUGCUGUUCAUCCGAGGUUGUAUGCGUUGGUUAAAUCUAACAUGAUGCACGGGCCAUGUGGAGUGGCGCGCACGACAUCAACCUGUAUGAAAAAUGGUAAAUGCUCUAAAUACUUUCCAAAGAAGUUUAACGAGGAAACUAUUGUUGAUGCAGAAGGUUAUCCCCUCUAUAGGAGAAGAUCAAAAACCCACAUUAUUGAAAAAAAUGGUAUCACAUUGGACAACCGUCAUGUGGUACCUUAUAACAAAAGAUUUCUCCUCAAAUAUAACGCACAUAUAAACAUAGAAUGGUGUAACCAGAGCACUUCAAUCAAAUAUCUUUUCAAAUACAUUAGCAAAGGCUAUGACAGAAUAACAGCUUCGGUGUCAACCAACAACAAUGAACCGGUUGAUGAAAUAAAACAAUACUUAGAUUGCAGAUAUAUCUCACCAUGUGAAGCAUGCUGGAGAAUUUACUCCUUUCACAUUCAUGGUAGAAGACCGGCAGUUGAACGUAUGUUUUAUCACCUGGUAGGCGAAAAGGCUGUUUACUACACUGAUCACGAUCGAAUGGAAAAUGUUUUGGAGAAUGCAAGUGUUACUGAUUCCAUGUUUACUGGUUGGCUAUCUGCAAACUCAAAGUAUACUGAGGCACAGUCACUCACUUAUGGUCAAUUUGUAUCUAAAUUUGUUUACCACAAAAAAGAAAGGGAGUGGAGGCCCCGCAAAAAGGGAUUCACCAUUGGGAGAUUGAUAUGGGUUCCACCAACAACAGGUGAACUUUUUUACCUGUGGAUGAUGUUGACGGUAGCCAAGCGACCAAAAAGUUAUGAAGAAAUUCGCAAGGUCGGUAAUAACCAGUAUGAAGCAUUUAGAGAUGCAUGCUUCGCCUUGGGAUUUCUGGAAGAUGACAAAGAAUAUAUUGGCGCUGUUAAUCGCCCAACACACGUUUGGAAGGAUUCAUGGCAGCUAUUAUCUGAUGGUGUCCUACAUGCUCAAAGGCAAUUGGCUUUAAAUACAGAAUUGGUUCUCACAGAAGCCGAAUUGCAAAAUUUGACCCUGAUUGAAAUCGAAAAGCUGCUUCAAGAAAAUAAAAGGACACUAAAAGAUUUCAAACCAAUCCCUUAUCCAGAUGGAUAUGUUCUGCAACAAUUAGGUAAUAGACUGAUAUAUGACGAACGCAAUUAUGACAUUGCAAAAACAAAGACAGAAUUCACAAAUCUCUUUGGUGGACUUACAGUUAUGCUAUUGAAGAAACCCAAUUUUGUGAAAGACCUUACUGAUCACCUUGACCCAAAUGAACAAAGAGCUAUGUAUCAAAAAAUUAUGCGCGCAGUUGAGUCGCAGAAUGGUGCAGUCUUCUUCCUACAUGGUUACGGUGGGACCGGUAAGACAUACAUGUGGAGAACACUGGCGGCAGCAUUAAGGUCGAAGCAUGAUAUAUGUCUGACAGUUGCAACCAGUGGUAUAACGUCAUUAUUGUUGCCAGGAGGUCGAACUGCAUAUUCAAAAUUUAAGAUACCAGUGCCAACGCUAGAUAAUUCUACUUGUAAAAUUGAGUACAAUGAUGAUGUGGGAGACCUUCUUAGACAAACUAAACUAAUUAUUUGGGAUGAGGCUCCAAUGAUUUUACCUGUUGUCCCUCGAGGAAGCCGUUCGGAUAUUGUACAUUCUGCCAUAAAUGCGUCUUACAUAUGGAAUUAUGUUCAAGUGUUAACAUUAACCAAAAACACGCGCCUGCAAUCCGGUCUGACCCAAAAUGAUAAAAAUGAAAUGCAACAGUUUUCGGAAUGGUUGUUAAGAAUUGGCGAAGGAAAAGUAUCUGAGCCCAAUGACGGUGUGACAGAUUUUGAAGUUCCACCUGACCUGUUGAUAACACAAUUCGAAGACCCAAUCGUCGCAAUUGUUGAUGCUACAUAUCCUGACUUUAUUCACAAUUUUCAUUCAAUCCAAUACCUUAAGGAUCGAGCAAUUCUGGCUUCAACAUUAGAAAUUGUGGAACAAAUAAACAAUCAUAUCCUUGACUUAAUCCCAGGAGACAUGCGGGAUUACUACAGCUCCAAUUCUGUUGAUAAGUCCGAAAUCAAUGACGACACAGUGGUAAAUAUCCUAACUCCAAAAUUUCUCAGUUCCCUCCGUACAUCUGGUUUGCCUACCCAUCAUUUAAAGUUAAAGGUUGGAACACCAAUUAUGCUCAUGAGGAAUAUUGAUCAGUCAGAAGGACUAUGUAAUGGAACAAGGUUGAUAGUAACAAAAUUGGGGACACAUGUUAUUGAAGCUUCGAUAAUAGCUGGAAAGAGCUGUGGCAAUCAGGUUUACAUCCCACGAAUGGAUAUGUCACCUUCCCAAUCACCAUGGCCGUUCAAGCUCAACAGAAGACAGUUCCCCAUUAUACUGUCAUAUGCCAUGACAAUUAACAAAUCCCAAGGACAGUCUUUGGAUACUGUUGGUCUAUACCUACCAAGGGAUGUUUUUACACAUGGACAAAUAUAUGUUGCACUAUCAAGAGUGACAACAAAACAAGGAAUCAAGAUAUUAAUACAUGAUCAACAUGCCAAAGUUAAAACAACAACUACAAAUGUAGUUUACAAGGAGAUCUUCGACAAUAUAUAA